AUGGGGCAUUUCGUGCCAACUCUUCAUGGUGGAGUGCAGCUUACCGGAGCAGUAGUUGCAGCUUGGAUCUUCUAUCUCAUUUCCCUAAUUGUUUAUCGGCGCUUCUUCCAUCCUCUCGCAAAGAUUCCCGGGCCUUUUUGGAAUUGUGUAUCCCCAAUUCCCGCUGGACUCUCGCUUCUCCGCGGCCGCUUCGCGUUUGAGAACAAGCUGCACCAUGAGAAAUAUGUCUUCCGCCUCGGGCCCAACGAACUUACAUUCAACUCUGCACAGGCGUAUCAGGACAUCUACGGUUUUCGGCCUGGGCAUACGAACAUGCUAAAGUCUCCCAUUCAUACUGGACCUGUUCAAGUUGGCUCGACUACGACUGUUCAGUAUGCAGUUGAAGAUGCCGACCACGGCCGCCAGAGGCGUGCGUUAAGCCACUCUUUCUCGACACAAGCCUUAAUGGAACAAGAACCAAUUGUCCAGGAAUACAUGACUAAAUUCGUCACCAAUUUCCAGAGGUUGGCUAAGGAGGAGAAGGAGAUCAAUAUUGGUGACUGGUUUUGCUACUUCACGUUCGACACGAUGGGCGACCUCAGUUUUGGGGAAAGCUUUGGGUGUCUCGAGCAUGGCGAAUACCAAGAAUGGGUCAGCUAUCUUUUCCACACUAUCAAGGACGGCGCUUUGAUUCAGGGCACUCGACGUAUUGCGGGAACUGGCACAUGGCUACAAAAGUUUCUCCAAAAUCAAUUCCAAGGAAUGGGAAGUGCUCUCCAGUAUCAUAUCAUUCACACCCGGGAAAAGGUGACGAAACGUCUUCAAGCGGACCAUAUCGAGCACAGAGACUUCAUCUGGUACAUAUUGAAGCAAGCGGAGAAGUUUGAUAUGAAGCAUGAUGAGAUCAUUGCGAAUUCAGGUCUCUUCAUCAUUGCCGGCAGCGAGACUACUGCAACCGCCCUAUCAGGACUUAUGGCUCGACUGAUCUGGAACCCACAGUGUUACGCAAGGCUCGCGGAUGAGAUUCGAUCAGCUUUCGCGAAUGAAGAGUCCAUCACCUUCAACGCCGUUCUAAACCUUCCGUAUCUAAACGCUUGCAUCGAAGAGGUCCUUCGCGUUCACCCUCCAGUUCCAGCCGGCCCACCUCGCGUGGUGCCUCCAAGUGGAGAUUUCAUCGACGGCCACUGGGUUCCUGGCGGUGUAACUGUUUCGGUUGGUGCGUGGGCAUCGUCACACAAUGCCCUCCAUUUCCGUGACCCAGAUGCCUUCAUUCCAGAACGAUGGAUUGAUCCGGCAUAUGACUCUGAUGUGAAGAAGGCGAUGCAACCAUUCUCACUGGGGCCGAGGAAUUGUAUCGGAAAAAAUUUGGCCUACAUGGAAAUGCGCAUCAUGAUUGCGCGCCUACUUUGGAACUUUGAUGUUGUGAGUGUUGAUGGGGCGCCGCUAUGGAACCCGGAAGGUGAGAUGAAGUACAAGCAAGCAUUCAUGGUGUGGGAGAAAUCGGUAGUAAUGGUAAAGAUCCGUGACUUGAGGGCAUAA